UACUGCUGAAGGCUGGGACUCACGGCAGAGCGGUAACGUGGAGCCACAAAGAGGCUGACUUUGUAUGUCCUCUUAUUUUUUAGAUAAGGUGUAAUUUAGGAGUAUAACGGGAUACCUGCAGUCCGGCACGGCACUUUCAGAAAUCUUAAUCAUAUCGUAUGUUAGUUCGGUAGUUCGAUUACUUAAAUACUUCACAGUUAGCUUGUGAUCGGCUGAGUGACUCGCUUGUGUAACUUGCGACAAGUGGUUAUUUCUUUUGGUGACUUGUAAAACGUCAACUAGGUACAUCUCUAUCUCCCCGCGACUUCACAGCUCAAUCGCCUGCUUCGCUGUUGGAAACAAUGAGCUGCGUGAAGGAAGAAAGUCGUAGUGCGUCCCCUCACUGCCCCAAACCAGAUGAAUCUGAAGAGCCACUGGGCACAACCAUGGAGACCAGAGCCGCCAAUGAUGACAUUGUGAAAGCUGAGAGUAUGACAUCUGAAGUCGUUAUCACAAAGGAAAUGGAGGAAGAAGAGAAGCAGCUGAUGGAGGAAGGUGAAAGGAAAGAGAGGGAGAUGAUGGAAAAGGCUCGGGAAUCGUGGCAGAGGGAUUCUCAUGAUAUGCGGUUUAAGAGACUGCAGCAUCUGCUUCAGAAGAGCAACAUCUACUCUAAAUUCCUGCUGACCAAAAUGGAACAACAACAGAAUGAGGAGAAACUCAGAAAGGAGAAACUGGAAAAGAGGGCCAAGAAGAGCACAAACAGUGCGGAGCCUGACAAAGAUAAAAAGAAGAGGAGGAGGGACGAAGACUACAAAAUAUCAGAUGUCAUGUCAAAAGAAGAAAUCAUGUCGCAAACUAAGAAGGCAAAAGUGGAAGAGGUGGCACCGACCCAGAAAAAGUUAGAGGCUGAGGAUAUUGAGAAGAUGAGUGACUCCAACCAAGACAUCAAGAACCGCCUGUCAGAGACGGUGCGAGACAACGCCAAGCAUCUCCUGCAUCCUCACAGGAAGGUGAACGGCCAGCCGGUCCCCACCCAGCAGCCACAGCUCUUCACCGGAGGGGUCAUGAGAUGGUACCAGAUUGAAGGCAUCGAGUGGCUGAGGAUGUUGUGGGAAAAUGGCAUCAAUGGGAUCCUUGCUGAUGAGAUGGGACUGGGAAAGACCAUCCAGUGCAUUGCUCACAUUGCCAUGAUGAUAGAAAAGAAAGUGAUGGGCCCCUUCCUGGUGGUUGCCCCUCUCUCCACUCUGCCCAACUGGAUCAAUGAAUUCAAGCGCUUUACACCAGAGGUGUCUGUGCUGCUUUACCACGGCCCCCAGCCAGAGAGGGCCAAAUUACUGAAGCAGAUCCGCAGGCCUCAGGGGCCCCUCAGCAUGUUUCCUGUGGUUAUCACUUCCUUUGAGAUCUCCAUGAUUGACAGAAAAUUCCUCCAGCGCUUUCAGUGGAAGUACCUGAUAGUGGACGAAGGUCACCGGAUCAAAAACCUCAACUGUCGGCUGGUCCGGGAGCUGAAGAUGUUUCCCACCGAUAACAAGCUGCUGCUGACAGGGACACCGCUGCAGAACAAUCUCGCUGAGCUCUGGUCCCUCCUCAACUUCCUCCUGCCAGAGGUCUUUGAUGACCUCAAGAGCUUUGAGUCAUGGUUUGACAUCAACACUCUUGGGGAGGCUGAGAGUGUGGUGGCUGCUGAGCGUGAACAGAACAUCCUGAGCAUGUUACACCAGAUUCUUACUCCGUUCUUGCUGAGGAGGCUGAAAUCAGACGUGACACUGGAGGUUCCUCCUAAGAAAGAGAUCAUUGUUUAUGUUCCUCUGACAGCCAAACAGGAGGCCUUUUACACGGCUGUGGUCAACAAGACCAUCGCCAAGAUCCUUGGCCAGGAAAAGACAGAGGCUCCUGUAGCACUGACAUCGAGCGGCAGGCCAAAGCGUCGGACUCGAAAGGUGGUGGACUACAAAGAAAAAGGUGGAGACACACUGUACGACCUGGAGAAAUACUUGGCAAGGGUCCACAACGAGCUUGAACAGAGCUCACCUCCAGUGCUGGAUGUCCAGAGCCCGCUGGACGCUCAGAUCAACCUGAAGCUGCAGAACAUUCUCAUGUUACUAAAGAGAUGCUGCAACCACCCCUAUCUGGUGGAGUACCCCCUUGAUCCUGCCACACAGGAGUUCAAGAUUGAUGAGCAGCUGGUGCAGAGCUCUGGGAAGUUUCUUAUGCUGGACAAAUUGCUGCCUGCACUGAAGAAAAGGGGACACAAGGUUCUGAUCUUCAGCCAGAUGACAUCCAUCUUGGAUAUUUUGAUGGAUUAUUGCUAUCUUCGGGGCUUCCAGUACAGCCGACUGGAUGGCAGCAUGUCCUACUCUGACAGAGAUGAAAAUAUGACCAAGUUUUCCAAUGAUCCAGAGGUGUUUUUGUUCCUGCUGAGCACCAGAGCUGGAGGACUCGGGAUCAACCUCACAGCUGCAGAUACAGUCAUCAUUUUUGACAGUGACUGGAACCCCCAGGCAGACCUGCAGGCUCAGGACCGCUGUCACCGCAUUGGUCAAACUAAACCUGUGGUGGUAUACCGCCUGGUCACAGCCAACACAAUUGACCAAAAGAUCCUGGAGAGGGCUUCGGCCAAGAGGAAGCUGGAGCAGAUGGUCAUUCACAAGAAUAAGUUCAAAGGUGGGAAGGCAGAGCUGAACCAAAAUAAAAGCUGCAUUGAUCUUGAUGAGUUGAUGGAGCUCCUAAAAGCCAGAGGCACUGAGAAGGAGGUAAAAGCAUCAAGGGGAAAAGUGAUCAGUGACAAGGACCUGGAGAUUUUGCUGGAUCGCAGUGACUUGCUGGACAAAGAAAAGGGGAGCAUGAAGAAAGAGAAAGUGGGAGUCUUCAGAGUGACUGAUGCCAAAGAGUUGUCAGAGAUCACACUGACCUGAAGAUACUUGAAAUGUUCAGAUACGAACUUCUGACAGUCCAUCCAGAUUUCUCACAGCUGCUGACACUUGUAUUAGAAACUGAAACUUCAAGAAGAUAUCCUGAAACUGCUGUUUGUAGACUUUAAAUAGUUUGUUUGUUUUUGUUUGUAUGUUGUUUUUUAACUUUUUUCUUUUACACUAAUUGGCUUGAUAGUGCUCUGUUUAAUUAGCUUGUUUUUUGUACUGUUAUGGUGUUGAACAUAGCCAGUGGUGUUUACCAUUGUUCUCUUCCUCAGAUUUGACUGACAAUGAGACUGAUCAUUUUUAUGUGAAAAGAAAAAAGAUUGCCCAAGUUCUUGAGCUCAUUUUCUCCCUGGCAGUGGCAUUAAGGCUAUCAUAUUCACAUAAAUGAUUCUUUUUUUGUUAAGAGAGAAGUGUUCUCCUACCUGCACUCAGACUGUCCCCUGUUGCAUGUUAAUACGAAAUCAAGACAAAACUGUAGAAACAUAAUUCAGUCUGAUUAGUCCUCUUGAUUCUUAUUCAGCCAUUCAAAACAUAUUAUCUUUAUUCUCUUUAACAAUGUUGUAAUCAAAGCACUUUCAUGCAGAUGAAGCAUACAUGUUCUUUCAUGUCUUUUUAUACAAAUAAACAAAGAUUAUGAUAA